GUCCGAGCCCACGGCAAGAAGGUGCUCACCUCCUUCGGGGACGCCGUCAAGAACCUCGACAACAUCAAGGGCACCUACUCCAAGCUGUCGGAGCUGCACUGUGAGAAGCUGCACGUGGACCCCGAGAACUUCAGGCUCCUCGGAGACAUCCUCGUCAUCGUGCUGGCCUCCCACUUCGGCAGGGACUUCACCCCCGCCUGCCAGUUCGCCUGGCAGAAGCUGGUGGGUGUCGUGGCUCACGCCCUGGCCCGCAGGUACCACUGAGCCCCCCGGGCAGGGCAGGAGCCCCCCGAGCACGGGGGGAUGUCCCGGGGGACCCCUCGGACCGUGACCUCCAAAUAAACGC